AUGUCAAAUCUCCUGGAAUGUUUCUAUUGGUUUUCGUGUUAUUGGGAAAAUGCAGUAUCCGGUUAUUUUUGAAUCAAAUUCUCAGAUUCCUGAUAAUAAUAACUAUUGUUUAUAGGUGAAAAAAAGAAGAAAAAGAAAAAUACGAGUUCAGAAAAAAUGGGUGAUACUACGCGAACCCAAAAAAUGGGCCUUUUGGGCGCCAUUUCAUACAUUGUCGGAAAUAUUGUGGGAUCAGGUAUUUUUAUUACACCAACUUCAAUUAUUCAACAAGUCAAUUCGGUUGGUUUGUCGUUGAUUGUUUGGAUUUUGGCUGCGCUGAUCUCGAUGUUAGGAUCAUUUUGUUAUGUCGAACUCGGAACUUCGAUUCGAUUAAGUGGUGGAGAUUUUGCUUAUUUGUGUUUCAUGAAAUGGUGAGUUUUUAGACUAAAGUUUUGAAAGAAAAACGAAAAAUUUUCAGGUAUCCAGCAGCUUUUGCUUUUAUGUGUAUUGGUUGUACAAUCAAUUAUCCAGCAACUUUGGCGGUUCAAGCCCAAACUUUUGCCAAUUAUGUUUUUGAAGGCGCUGGUAUUGAGAUGGAUGAAACUUCAGGCUUUUGGGCUAAAAAAUUGUUGGGUUUUGCAUUGAUCAGUGAGUCUAGAGUUUUUUUUUUGAAAUUUGAAAAUUUUCUGAAAUUAUUUGAUGAUCAUUCAGAAUUUUUUUGAACUUGAUUCAGUGUAACACAUUUUUAUUUUUCCUGAAAAUUUCAAAUUCUCCAAUCUCCAAUUCUGUUUCAGGUUUGUUAAUGUUUAUGAACUUCUUCUCACUCAAAACAUUUGUGCAGCGAUUCUCAAUUCUCGCCUCAUUAGCCAAAAUUGCUGCAACUCUUCUCAUCAUCAUAACCGGUUUUUAUUUUCUGAUAAUCAAUGGCAAAACCGAUAAUCUAAAAGGACCAUUCAACGGUUCUAACUGGAAUCCUGGUGCGAUUGUUAAUGCUCUUUUUGCCGGUCUUUUUUCAUAUGAUGGUUGGGAUAUUCUAAAUUUUGGAAUGGAAGAGUUAGAGAAUCCAAAAAGAACAAUGCCACUUGCUAUUAUUAUUGGAAUGACUUCUAUUGGUGUCAUCUAUCUUUUGGUGAAUAUUUCAUACAGUGUUAUUUUAUCAGUUCCACAAUUGAAAAGUUCAAACGCUGUUGCUAUCGAUUUCGCUAAUGCAACUUUAGGACCAGCUGCUCCUGUAAUGCCAGUCAUGGUCGCUGUUUUACUUGUCGGAAGCUUAAACAGCACAAUGUUCUCAGCAAGUAGAUAUCUUCAAGCAGUCUCAAGACAAGGUUAUAUUCCUAGUGCGAUUUCUGGAAUCAGUCCAAAAUGUGACUCACCAAGAAUAGCUCUUCUAGUUCAUGUAAGUUCGAAUGCUUCGAAUAUAUAUUUGGAAAUUAUUUUUCAUUGUAGAUUCUGAUCGCCGUCGCUGUUAGUUUCAUGGGUGACCCAAACAAUUUGAUCAAUUAUGUCGCCUUUGCUCAAUGGUCUCAACGUGCUUUCACAAUGUCCGCCUUACUUUGGGUUAGAUUCAGAAAGCAAAAAUUGCACCCAGAUCGUAUUCAAUUACCAAUUAUUAUGCCAAUUUUAUUUUUCUUGGUUUGCACAUCAAUGAUUGUUAUCAGUAUUGUUACUGAUUUUAGUUCAUCGGCUGUUGGACUUGGAAUUUUACUCGGAGGACUAAUUAUAUUCAUAUUAUUUUUCUGGGAUCGAGCACUUCCUUCAAUUCCUGGUUUCCAUGAAUUUAGCAAUGGAGUUGAUAAUAAAACAACUGAAUUUAUGCAAAUUAUAUUCAAUGUUAUACCGGAAAGAGUUGGAGAUGAUGAAAUGCGAAAUGCUGUUGGCGAUAAUGAAAUAAUAUUAUCGAAAUCAGAAAGAUCUGACAAAGUUUCACCUUCAGAUUUGUCUUCAAAUAGUUUUUCUACCCGCAUGUAA